AGAUGCUAUCCAGGUGGAGCAUCAUCAUACAGGUGAGCUUUCACAUUCUCAUAUCUCCACCUGCCUGAUGAUAACACUUCACUGGACCAGAAACAGGAGUACACACCGCCGACUGAACAAGAUUGUUCUUUAAAUUAAAUAUGAUGGAAGAGAUGGAGACGAUGGCUUACAUGGCCGAGAGGCUGAGCGGAGAGCGUGUCGCCUGGAGCGGAGGAGCUCCUUCCUCCUGCUCAGAGGUGGACCUGGAGGUCAUCGAGGAGUACCUGCAGGAGCACUCACAGGAGGUCCAGCGUGUUCACACAGCUGCAUCGCCUCAGAACACCAUGGGGCAACCAACACACUCCUACCCCCACCAGGGCCUCAGGAUCAUAGAGAAUAGCUGGUCAGGUCAGCAUCCUUAUGAGUGGGACUGUGACUCUCAUACUCCAAAUGAAGAAUAUGAAGAUCGAGUCCUGGCCCCAGUCUGGACUAGUCCCCAUGAAAACCAGUGGGUGUAUUCUUACGAGGUCCCGGCAUACAUUGACUCAGACUCACAGUCCAGUUGCUCCCAGUACCAGGACUACCAAGAUUCAUCAUCACCUUCCUCUGACAGGGUAGCAAGGAAGGACUCCAUGAAUCUUGCCCCCCUUUCAGGAAAGAGGAAGGAGCGGUUGUUCCAGUUCCUAUUCGAAAUGCUCCAGACGCCAUCAAUGCGGAGCUGCAUCUGGUGGGUCCAGUCCUCUGCCGGCACAUUUCAGUUCUCCUCCCAAAACAAGGAGCGCCUGGCUCAGCUGUGGGGACGAAGAAAGGGCAAUCGCAAGCCCAUGACCUACCAGAAGAUGGCCCGGGCGCUGAGGAACUACUCUCGCACUGGCGAGAUUCAGAAGGUGAAGAAAAAGCUCACCUACCGGUUUGAUGACAAGACGCUGAGGGGGCUACAAGGAAACUCUAAUAUGGUGUAGGAGGCAUAAAGGAGGUGUAAAAAAAAAAGAAUAGGAAUAAAAUAAGCCAAACAGAUAUUCAGGGAACACCAUGGGUUGGAGGAUGAAUCUCCUUCCUGCUUAUUGUAUUUAUGGCAUGCAGAAAUAUGUGAAUACUGAGUAUUUGUUACAGUAGUGUAUGAAAAAUGUAAAUCUGAGGUUUCUCUCCAAUAAGACCACAUUCAAGAUGGUAUAAUAGUGAACUGGAAAUCUUUGUUUGGGAUGCUGGCAUUAAAAGUACGUAAAUCUUAAAGGUUAUCACUCAUAUCUACUUUAUAAGUAGAACUUAAAUCAUUCUAAAAAAUGUAAGUUGUGCUUUUCUGUUAGAUGUGAUUUUGUUUUGCAGAUUUUCAACAGAUGAAAGCUCUUUUUUUCUUUUUCUUUUAUGUCUUGACUUUUGUUGACAUGUCUUUUUGAAGAUAAAAAUCCAUCUCUCUAGCUCUCUGUCCGUAUUUAUUUGAACAAAGUAAUGUGCUGCUCGUAUCACCUAAUCAAACACAGAUGUGCUUACACACCAGUGUAAACACACACCUCGCGGACACACAAAAAUCCACUCGUAGCCAAAAUUGUAUGCAAAGUAAGCAUGCAUUAAAAAAAACCCGCCAUUAAAAAACAGACCUGUUAAUCAUCACCAUCUACAAAGUCCACUGACACAGGACAGAAGUGCCCUCACGAAAACAUAUUGGUGGUGUUGACUGUUACCUUGUGCUAUGUAGUUGCUAUGGUGAAACAAUUUCAUUUUCAUAGGCAAAUCUCGAGGUCACACACACACUGAACACAAAUGACAUCCAAACAUAAUAUCCAGCGCAUAUAUGGACUAUCAUUCUUGACUCUGCAGGAGAGUCUUUACUUUAGAUUUUUGUUUCUGCGUCUUGUCACAAACUUUUACAGUUUUAAAUAAAACACACUAACAGGCAA